AGACGGAGGCGGGGCUUGAGCGAUCAGCCGCAGCACACACAGAAUGAACUAGAAGAUGUUCAGUGCAGCGAGAUCUUUAUUAUAACUGCUCCUCGAAGACGUGUUUCUGUCGACAGGAUCUGGAAGCUGCUCACCGCCCAAACGCAGUCUUACAAAGAGGGAUGUGCUGGUCGUGGCCGCUGGUGUCUGUGCUGGUCUUCUGCUCGCUCCUGUCUGUGGGGACGGUGAGGACGGCACCCUGUCAGACCUGCCGCACACUCACGGAGCGCUUCAUCAAGGGUUUGGAGCGAACAGCCAAUAAGAAUUUCGGAGGAGGGAACACGGCUUGGGAAGAGGAGAAACUGGCAAAAUAUGCACGCAGUGAAACACGUCUGCUAGAGAUCGUAGAGGCUGCGUGUGACAAGUCUGACUUUGACUGCAACAGGCUGCUGGAGCAGAUCGAGGACCAGGUGGAGACGUGGUGGUUUCACAGACAGCAGGAAGCUCCAGACCUGUACCAAUGGCUGUGCAUUGAGGAGCUCAGACUGUGCUGCCCACCUGGACACUACGGGCCUGAAUGUGCAGCGUGUCCGUCAGGCUCUGGAGGGGUGUGUGGAGGUCUGGGCCGCUGUGAGGGCGAGGGCACACGUCUGGGAGAUGGAGAGUGUGUCUGUGACCCGGGAUACUCGGGCGUCCUGUGUCAGGAGUGUGCGGACGGAUACUACAGAGAGAAGAGCUCCAAUCACACACAGCCGCUCUGCUCAGCUUGCUAUCAUUCCUGUAAAAAGUGCACAGGACCACAAGACAGCAAGUGUCUGGACUGUAAGCCUGGGUGGAUCCUUCACAGCAGCAAGUGUGUGGAUGUGGAUGAAUGCGGCACUGAAUUGGCUCGAUGUCCGUCCAACACGUACUGCUUCAACACGGACGGCUCUUAUGAGUGCAGAGGCUGUGAUCAGGCGUGUGUGGGCUGUAUGGGAAGCGGACCUGCUCGCUGUAAGAAGUGUGCUCGAGGGUUCAGACUCACUGGAGCCAAGUGUCUAGACAUCGAUGAGUGUUCGGAGAGAGCCAUCGCGUGCCCAGGACUCAACGAAGCGUGUGUUAAUGAGGAGGGCUCGUUCCGCUGCGAGUGUGCCGAGGGCUUCAUUCGGCGGGACAGCAUCUGUGUGGAGAACCUGCCACCGACGGGGCCGGAGAAGGGCUUGUUUGAUGACAUGACGGAUGACGAAGUGCUCGUGCUCCAGCAGAUGUUCUUCGGCGUGGUCAUCUGUGCUCUCGCUACUCUAGCUGCCAAAGGAGACAUGGUCUUCACCGCCAUCUUCAUCGGAGGACUGGCGGCCAUGGCAGGAUACUGGCUGUCCGAGAAGGGUGACCGCGUGCUGGACGGCUUCCUUAAGGGACGCUGAUGGACGCCGAGCUCUGGGAGUGCUAUCGAUCAGGGACGUGUAGCACAGGCUCUGUGGAUGAUGAAGCUCAUUUAUAACACUGUUUCAACAGUUCAGCUGCUGCUGUAUCCAUGAGUCUCUGCACGGUUAGCACUGGAUGUGUGUGUCCAAACCCCGAGAGACGGACUGUAUGAGACUCAUUCAGGUAGAGCUACUGUACAUGCUGCCAUUCCCAACACAUUAUCAUCAUGUACACCCAUUUAUACAUGGAUCCUGUGCUCCUUUUUACAAUCCGUCCCAGUUCAUGCAACCAUUUAUUUGAAAGACUUUGAGUUUGAAAUGCUCCCAAAUGCAUGAAUGCAGUAUGGUCACAGAAGAUGUCCAGCGUGUUCGCUCUCAAACCAGGAUCUGUGUGUGUGUGUGUGAGAGAGAUCAAGUAAAAUGUCUUCAACAUCCAAAGCAAACCAGUUUUAACAGGGCUCACACACCUUUUGAUCAAUGAAUUUCCAUCAACACUGGAUAUGAUUUCUUUUCUUUUCUUUUUAGACCAGUUUGUGAGCUCGUUCAUAACCGUGGCUUUCAACACAACGCAAUAUCCACCGAGCACAACUAGGAACUGUGAGAUUUUACUAGUAUGUUUUCUUAGGACGUCACUGAGACCACAGUUUUAGAGCGCUCUGAUUUCCCCUGGCUGUGGAGCACUGUUUCAGAUCUGCAGAUUCAGCACUCGUGGUUUCACUGACACACAGCUUCAGUUUCAGCUUUAGUGCACUGAUCAGAUCAUAUCUGCAUGCUUUAGAUGAACAUGUGGAACUAUUUUAUCUUGUUUGUCAUAUUUAUUUUUGUCCAGUGUGAAUGUGAAUUACGUUUGGAGUUAUCACUUGUUGUAGGUUAGGGUGGAGGACGCUGAUCUAAUAAAAAAAACUAUCGACUUGA